UCACAGAUAUCCUUAUCAACACAACGCUGUCAUUCUACGCGAUAGAUACCAAAAAGAGAAAAGAAUCAGUGCCUGCCAGCUAUAAGAAAUAGCAUUUUCGCCCUCAGAAACACACAGUUAGUCACCUGAUCCAGGCGCCAUUUUGUAAGAAUUUCCCAGCUGGUUACACGGAUAGCGUUUCUGCACUAUCGCUGGACACAUCAUCCUUGCCCGGCGAAGAAGCUGUUGUCGGCGCAGACUGGGGAGAGACGGAAUAGCAGCGGGUUGGCUACCCCGACAGAGACGCCUGCUUGCCCGUUGCUCUUGUCCCGCUGGGCAGCGACACGUAGCCAGCAACCAUGGCACUAAAGAUUGUCAAAGGGAGCAUCGAUCGGAUAUUUGAUAAAAAUCUCCAGGAUCUUGUACGUGGCAUAAGGAAUCAUAAAGAAGAUGAGGCCAAGUACAUCUCCACCUGCAUUGACGAGAUCAAGCAGGAGCUCAAGCAGGAGAACAUUGCGGUCAAAGCCAACGCCGUCUGCAAGCUCACCUACCUGCAGAUGCUGGGUUAUGACGUCAGCUGGGCAGCCUUCAACAUUGUGGAGGUCAUGAGCUCCUCCAAGUUCACCUACAAGAGAAUCGGUUACUUGGCCGCCUCCCAGUGUUUCCACGAAGGCACCGACGUCAUAAUGCUGACAACCAAUCAGAUCCGCAAGGAUCUCAGCAGCCCCAGCCAGUACGACACGGGCGUGGCCCUCACUGGCCUUUCCUGCUUCGUGACCCCUGACCUCGCCCGGGACCUGGCCAAUGACAUCAUGACUCUGAUGUCUCACACGAAGCCGUACAUCAGGAAGAAGGCGGUGCUCAUCAUGUACAAGGUGUUCCUGAAAUACCCAGAAUCCCUGCGCCCCGCCUUCCCCCGCCUCAAAGAGAAACUGGAGGACCCCGACCCCGGGGUGCAGUCUGCAGCAGUGAAUGUCAUCUGUGAGCUGGCCAGGAGGAACCCCAAAAACUACCUGUCCCUGGCACCCCUCUUUUUCAAACUCAUGACCUCCUCCACCAAUAACUGGGUCCUCAUCAAGAUAAUCAAGCUGUUCGGGGCGCUGACGCCCCUGGAGCCUCGUCUGGGGAAGAAGCUGAUUGAGCCGCUGACAAAUCUCAUCCACAGUACCUCCGCCAUGUCAUUGCUAUAUGAAUGUGUCAACACUGUCAUUGCAGUGCUGAUCUCCCUCUCCUCCGGAAUGCCCAAUCACAGCGCUAGCAUCCAGCUCUGCGUGCAGAAGCUGCGCAUCCUGAUCGAGGACUCGGACCAGAACCUGAAGUACCUGGGCCUCCUGGCCAUGUCCAAGAUCCUGAAGACGCACCCCAAGUCCGUGCAGUCCCACAAAGACCUCAUCUUGCAGUGCCUGGACGACAAGGACGAGUCCAUCCGUCUGAGGGCCCUGGACCUGCUCUACGGCAUGGUGUCCAAGAAGAACCUGAUGGAGAUUGUGAAGAAGCUGAUGCUGCAUGUGGACAAGGCGGAGGGGACCACGUACCGCGACGAGCUGCUCACCAAGAUCAUCGACAUCUGCAGCCAGAGCAACUACCAGUACAUCACCAACUUUGAGUGGUACAUCAGCAUCCUGGUGGAGCUCACCCGCCUGGAGGGCACGCGGCACGGGCACCUCAUCGCCUCCCAGAUGCUGGACGUGGCGAUCCGCGUGAAGGCCAUCCGCGGCUUCGCCGUGGCGCAGAUGGCCACGCUGCUGGACAACGCCCACCUGCUGACGGGCAACACGCAGCGCAACGGCAUCUGCGAGGUCCUGUACGCCGCGGCGUGGAUCUGCGGGGAGUUCUCAGAGCACCUGGAGGACCCCAUGCAGACCCUGGAGGCCAUGCUGCGCCCCCGUGUGGCCAUCCUGCCCGGGCACAUCCAGGCCGUGUAUGUGCAGAACGCCGCCAAGCUGUUUGCAGCGGUGCUGUGCGGCCAGCAGGGGGAGCCGGUGGACGCCGAGGCGGCCCAGGAGAGCAGCCAGCUGCUCAUCGACAGGCUGCCCCUCUUCGUCCAGAGCGCCGACCUGGAGGUGCAGGAGAGGGCCUCCUGCAUCCUGCAGCUGGUGAAGUACGUGCAGAAGCUGCAGCAGAAGGGGGUGGAGGUGGGGGAGGAGCUCACCGCUCUGUUCGCCGGGGAGCUCAACCCCGUCGCCCCCAAGGCCCAGAAAAAAGUGCCCGUUCCAGAGGGGCUGGACCUGGACGCCUGGAUUAACGAGCCGCCGUCGGAGAGCGAGUCGGAGGAUGAGAAGCCGCGCGCCGUGUUCACCGAGGAAGAGCCGCGACACACUCGAACCCGACACACUGAGGUGGACGAGAAGGAGCUGGCCAGGCGGAGGGAGGUCAGGAAGCAGGAACAGGCCAGCAAUCCCUUCUACAUCAAGGCCUCGCCGACCUCCCAGAAGGGCUACCAGGAUGCUCCAGGGGUUGACCACAUUCCUGUGGUACAGAUUGACCUCAGUGUGCCUCUCAAAGUCCCAGGGAUGUCCACGUCCGACCAGUACGUGAAGAUGGAGGAGGAGCGCUGGCAGAAGGACAAGGCGGAGAAGAAGAAGAAAGAGAAAAAGAAGAAGAGGGAGAAGAGGGGCCGGGGGCGGCCUCUCUCUCUUUCUCUCUUUCUCUUUCUCUCUCUCUCCCCUCUCUCCCUUCAUCUCUCUCAGAAUGCCUUACCCAGCGACGAUGACGACAAGGACCCCAACGACCCCUACAGGGCUCUGGACAUCGACCUGGACAGGCCCCUGGCGGACAGCGAGAAGCUGCCGGUCAGGACCCACCGGCCCGCCAGCUCCCCGAAGAGCCCCGGGGACGAGGGUGAGGCGGAGCGCGUCCCGGUGGAGGAGCCCAAGAAGAAGGGCAAGAAAGACAAGAGGGAGAAAGAGAAGAAGGAGAGGAAGAAGAGCAAAGAGGACAAGAAGAAGAAGAAACAUAAACAGGACAGAGGGGAGGAGCCAGAAGAGGCCCCACCGGCAGAGGAGCCUGUCCAAUCGGAGGAGCUCAUCGAGGUGGAAGCCCCGCCCUCUACUGCCCCAGUGGAGGGCUCAGAUUUGGAUUUCUGGCUCUCCAAUGCAUCCGCCCCCCCUAAGACCCAGGUCCAGUGCCCCGUCCCUCUCCCCUUACCGCCAUCUCUCUGUCCGCCCCCCCUAAGACCCAGGUCCUCCUCCUUCCUCUUACCUUUCUGCCAUCCCUCCAUCCACUCCUCCCCCUGCGCCCUCUCACCUUACGCCCAUCUCUCCAUCCGCCCCCCCCAAGACCCAGGUCCUCCUCCUCUUACUUCGCAUCGAGGCGGAGUCAGCAGCAGCAGCAGCUCCCCCAGACUCGCGAGGCUGCUGUCGAGCGAGAGUCCAAGACAGCAGAGCUCCCAGACCGAUGAGUCCGAGCGCCGUAAGAGUCACGAAGACAAAGCCGGAAGCACAAACGCACUGGAACGCACUGUAAAACGCACUGGGACACACUGUAAAACGCACGGGGACACACUGUUUUUCCCUUGUUUUUCGCUGCUACAGAAGUCCUCCAAGCACAGGAAGAAGAAACAGAAGAAGGAGAAAGAGGAGAAGGAUAAGAAAAAGAAGAAGAAGCACCAUCAUCAUCAUCACCACCAUCACCAUGGUGACGGGGGCGGAGACGGGUCUGUGCAGAACGGCACGGUGGAGGAGGAGGAGCCACUGCCGCCGAUGUCCAACUACAGCCUGCUGGCAGAAAACUCUUACAUCAAGAUGAUGUGUGACAUCCAGGGAAACCUGCAGGACGGAAGCCAGGUGGUGGUGUCGGUCAUCUUCGAGAACAAGUGCGACAGCUUCCUCAAGUCCAUGGAGUUCAACGUGCUGGACUCCCUCAACGCCAAGCUGCAGCGGCCGGAGGGGGCGGGGCCGCACGACGGCCUGACCGUGCCCUUCCAGCUGCCCCCAGGGGUCUCGAACGAGGCGCGCUUCGUCUUCUCCGUGGAGAGCAUCGUCACGCCCCAGAAGCUGAAGGGAACCCUCGCCUUCAUCGUCAAGUCUGAGGAGAGCUCCACCCACGAGAAGCUGGACUUCAAGCUGCACUUCACCUGCUCCUCCUACCUGAUCACCACGCCCUGCUACAGCGACGCGUUCGCCAAGCUGCUGGAGUCGGGGGACCUGAAGGGGAGCUCCGUGAGGCUGGAGGGGGUCAGCAUGCCCUUCCACCACCUGCUCGCCCGGAUCUGCUUCCACCACCACUUCUCCGUUGUGGAGAGGAUUGACUCCUGUGCAUCCAUGUACAGCAGAUCCAUCCAGGGUCACCACGUCUGCCUGCUGGUCAAAAGCACUGAGCAGACCGUGUCGAUUGAUGCAAAAUGUGACGAGUCUGCUCUAUUGGGGAACGUGCUGGACGAGAUAAAGCAGACCUUCUCUCAGUGUUGAGUGUGUCCUGGGGAAAAUCAGAAACGCACAUGCGCACACACACACACACACACAGAGGCUGGUACACUCCCUUCCUCCCUAUUCCUCUUUUUUUUUUUUUAAACGUGCUUUUGCCAUUUCCUCUACCGCAUUUCGAUCUUAAAUCUGCUGUUUCUCGUCGGGUCUCUUGUCUCUCCUACCUCAUGCGCUGUUUCUUCAAACCCUUCGCUUCUAAGAACUGGAAUCACGUUGCUGUUUUUGGUGUUUGGUGUUUUGAUUGGGUUGGUUGUUUUUUUUUUUUUUUGUAUUAUUGUUUAAUCUGUUUUUUCCCUUUUUUUUCUUCUUAAUUUCUUGAGCCCGUCUGUGCCUUUUUCCCCCCUUGUGUGCUCAGACACCCCCCCCCCCCCACACACACCACACUCCCGCAAGCAACCCAAACAUCUCCACUGAAUGUGUAGUGGAGUUUUUAAUAUUCCUGGUGGAUUGCAGAUAUCCAUGUUUUUUUGGUUCUCUCCCUUUUCUUUCCUCUUUACCCCCAUCCCAAAACUCUUCUCCAUUCCAGAACUCACUCAGUCACUGUAGCAAACCAGCGGGGACCCAAGUUAGCACUUUGACGCUAGCGCGUCUUCCGCUCCCGACAGUUAUCCGGUGACCCCUGACCUGAGAUUGAGUGGGUGACUGUAAAUAGCCCUUGUUAAGGUAGAGUCCUCCGUCAUAGACACGGGUGGGCGGUUGUGGAAUGCGGUCGUCUGGGGGACCUUGGAGGGGGCCAUUGUGAGGUCAUAGUAGUCUCUGACCUCAUCAGGAGUGUGUACAGUGCGCAGUGAAGACACACAGCGUUUCCUGUACAGUAUUAUGCAGCGUUAAGUGUAGCCUGGACCUGCCCUGGCCUUCAUUUUUGAUGAAGGUGAUGAUGAUGAUGAUGAGUGCUCGGUAAGACGGUUAAACCCUUUCACUGUAGUCAUUUGAAGCCGUCCUCUUCAACACAACAGCUUUACCAGAAGGAGAUAAAAAAUUAAGCUGCGCAUUUAAUUUCGGAAAGUUCUGGAUUGGAAUGUGUACAUAUCAGGAUUCUUCUCAGUACAGAAACACACACACACACACACACACAAUACACACACACCGACCUGUCUAGCCAUUCCUUGUCUUCUUUCCUUCUUUCUUUCUUUUUAUAGAAGUAUUUUUAUGAAGCGAAUGUUUUUUCUGAGCACUUCUGUUACACUUGGUCUUAUACUGUGUUUUCAACUGUUACAGUCACUCAGCAAAUCAGACGGGUUUUCCUGGAAUGUGUUGCUUUUUGUUUUCCAAACUGAUGUCAUGUUUUGCAGUCAAGAUGUUCUUUCUGAAUGGAGGUUCCAUUUUGUGCGGCAGGAAAGGGUGUCCUAGUCUUUCAAACAUACACAUGAAUAUGCACCAUUUAGUGCAGUUGCAGAAAAACUUACCGGAAAUGCCUCGUCCUCAGUUUUCUCCUGGUAGAUUUUAGAGAAUCUCUUUGUGGAUUUGGACUAGAGUAUACUUCCAUGUCUGUCAAAAGCAGGUCAAGGUCAAUUGUGACUUUUUUUCCCUCCUGUUUUCCAGCUGUACGAUGUAUUAUUAUGAAGAUUUAAAAAAGAAAUACGCGAAUAAAGAUUAAAAAGUAUACAUUUAUCAACAUUCCUGCCUUCGCAGACAGGCAUGAUUGAGCUGCUGUAGUCUUUGUGUUAAGUUGAACCAAUAAACGCCCGUAAUAUGAUAGAA